UAUAGGGCUUCAAAACCAGAAGGCGGAAAACCACCAUAGGAGAGACGAAGACGACGUCGAAAAGCAAAGCAGCGAAUCCAAAGCUAUAGCCAUGGCUUCUCGUAUCUUAUCGAAAUCCAAUCAGUUGAAUUCUGCUGGACGCAUACUUAAUCAGAACUAUGCUGCAUCUUCUCGUUUAUUUUCCAGUGGAAGUCCUCCUAAAGUGCUCAAGGGAGAUGAGAUGUUGAAGAACAUUUUCCUAGAUGUUAAAAGGAAAUUUGAGACUGCCAUUGGAGUACUUCGGACUGAAAAGAUCACCAUUGAUCCUGAGGAUCCUGCUGCCGUUAAGAAUUACGCAAAUGUGAUGAAGACUGUUAGAGAAAAGGCAGAUUUAUUUUCUGAAUCCCAACGUAUUGAAUAUACCAUUCAAUCACGUACACAAGGUAUCCCAGAUGCACGUACGUAUCUUAUAACAUUGAAGGAAAUAAGGAUCAGGAGAGGUCUGAAUGAUGAACUUGGUGCUGAGGCUUUGAUGAUGGACGCAUUGGAAAAGGUUGAAAAAGAUAUUAAAAAACCUCUGAUGAGGGAUGAUAAGCAGGGAAUGGCUCUACUUACAGCAGAGUUUGAUAAGAUCAAUAAGAAGCUUGGAUUUAAGAAAGAAGAUCUGCCAAAGUACGAAGAAGAGCUGGAACUUAAAAUUUCCAAAGCACAAUUGGAAUUGCUGAAAAAGGAUGCUAUUGAGGCUAUGGAAACACUAAAGAAAAGGGAGGAAUUUAAGGAUGAGGAACCAGCUGAUGUGAAGUCAUUGGACAUUAGAAAUUUCAUAUGAAAGUUUUAAAACAUUCAUAUUCUACUCAUUGAAAUAUUGCACAUUUUCUUUUAUUUAUUUUGAUUGUAAACAAAUUGUUUGAUAGUUCUCUCUAAUGAGGAGGAAGAGAGCAAACAAAAUAAUCAAUUUCCUGAAGUAUUUCUACUUAGGUAUUGUAACACAUUUAAGUGUUAAAUAUACUUUUGAGCUGUUUGUUAUAUUUAUAAGUUUAUUUUUGUUUAUGUA